GCGCCACUCGAACGCAGUCGGUCGCCGGACGCGUGGGCCAACGCACGUGGUACCGACGUAUAGUGUUUGCGCGAACCCCUUCAGCAGAUUUUCGAAGAGGUGCCUGGAGCAAUGUAAUCUCUGAAGCUUUUCCAUCUUUUCCCCGAAAAGUGGAUUUAUAAGGUGGGUCGAGUGGCUUAUUUCGAUACGACAGUGUGUGAGCGGAACUAGUUGUGGAGAGCUGUGUUCUUGGUGUAGAAAGGUAGAAAUAAUGCUGCAAAAGAAAAGGACAUCACAACAACGUCAUCUGCGAACUGUUGCAAGACAUCAUCCUGUGAAUUCAUCUGAGACAGCAGCCUUUCGAAGUUAUGACGAUGUUGUGCAGCAAUAAGUGUCCCUCCUCCUCCUGGGCCCUCACGGUAUCUCAGGUUCUUAUGUAUUGACGGACUGUAGUUUUGGAAGCUUUGUAUCCACUGGUACCAGAAAGAAUGUAACAUUCGUCGUGAUGUGGUCCCUGUGGACUGCUCACGAAAAUGGCAGUUGAAAGCACCAUAGACGUCAGUGGAUCAUCUGAAGUGGCUCUCGUUUGAGUUCUGAAGACACCGUGAGUUGAGGAAUCCCACUGACACUCCGCCGCAUGCGGCGGCCAUGAGAGGCCCGUCCGUGGAAAGGUGAGCCGGCUCGUGGAGCCGCCAUGCUGCGGCCAUCGCCGCCGCCGCCGCCGCCUCCGCCGCCCCCGCUGCCUCUGCUGCUGCUCGCCGUUUUCGUGCUGUUGAUCUCCCUGGAACACCACUUGGCCGCCGCCUGCCCGUCCGCGUGCAAGUGCAUGUGGAAGGGCGGCAAACAGACCGUGGAGUGCAUCGGCGAAGGUCUCAUCACCAUCCCAGACGGAAUAGACCCAGGUACGCAGGUGCUGGAGUUCUCAGGGAACAACCUGCAGUCGCUUCCCAGGGAACGCUUCCAGAGGAUGGGCAUUAUCAACCUGCAGCGCAUCUACCUGGCCCGUUGCCGCAUCGUUCAGAUAGACGACCGCGCCUUCAAAGGACUGACCAAUCUGGUGGAGCUGGACCUGUCUCAGAACCAGCUGCGCUACGUGCCCACAGCAACCUUCAGUGACUAUCCUUCGCUCAUGAGGCUCAUCAUGAAUGGGAACCCCAUCCGAUCUUUGGAAGCGGGCGCUUUCAAAUCCUUGCCGUUUCUGACGACGUUAGAAUUGUCUGACUGUGAAAUUGAAACUGUGGAACCUGGAGCUUUUUCCGGUCUAGAUAAUCUGGAGUGGCUCAAGUUGGAUGGGAACCGUCUCAACAACAUCAGGGGUACCGACACUCUCCCGAGUACCCUUCACGAGAUUUAUCUGCACCAGAAUCCUUGGCAGUGUGACUGCAGACUAACUGACCUGAGGGCGUGGCUGGUGACGUAUAAGGUUCCACAUACAGAAGAGCCCAAAUGUACAUCACCUGGGCGGCUGAAAGGGGAGCUCAUAAAGACACUGGACUUGAACGAUCUCGCUUGUCUCCCAGAUGUCUCCCCCACGACCCUGUAUCUUGAGAUUGCUGAGGGUAAGAACGUUUCACUCUUGUGUAGGGUGUCUGCGAUACCAGAGGCUCGAGUGUCGUGGUGGUUUCAAGGGAGGAUACUUCAGAACGAUUCACUAGUGGCUCCUGGUGUUCACCUGUACUACUUCGUAGAGGAAGGUUCAGAAGAAAAGAAGAGUGAGCUGUUCAUCUUCAAUACCAACACAGAAGACAACGGCACUUUUGUCUGUGUGGCUGAGAAUCCAGCUGGGAAGAGCCAUUCCAACUACACUAUACGUAUAAUCGUGAGGGAGGAACCCAUUGUCGGGCCGCCGCCGUUCCCUUACGAGUACGUAAUAACGAUAGCGUGCUCCAUAUCAGUAAUAGUGCUCUUCUUGCUGAUCGGCGUGGUGGCGUGCGCGGUACGUUGCCGACGGAGGCGCAUGCGCCGCCGGAAGAAGGAGCGCAGCAAGGUGGUUGCCCUACAGCAAGGUAAGGGCGCCCCUCUCAACCCCAUCACGAGGCUGGGCGGCGCCGGGGGCCUGGGCGGCGCGCGCGCCCCUGAGGGAACAGCGGGGGUGGUGCCGCCCCCGGCCAAGGCCAACGGCGCGCUGCUGAUGGGGGCGGGGGCGGACGGACGGUCGCACGCCCUGCCGCCGCUGCAACACGACGUCAUGAUGUCGCUGGCGGCAGCCGGAGGUGGUAGCGGCGGAGCGGCCAACCCCUGCCUCGCUGGCAGCCCCCACUCCAUGAGGUCAUACGCGCUGGAGGCUAACCCGGACCUCAUCAACGACACCGAGAGCAUCGGCAAGGAGAGGCAUCGCGGGGACGGAGACGGCGGGGAGGAGGCUGGAGGCGAGAGCGGCAGCUACCAGGAGGCGAUGGAGAACGUGGUGCCGCUGCACCCGCUGCGCCACCACCACCAGCUGCCGCACGGCCACCCGCACCAGCACCAUACCGCGGACGUGCACCCGUCGCCGGGCGCGCUCGACCCCUACCACGACCCGGACGGCUACCCGCUGGACUUCGGGCUGCCGCGCGUGCCUCCGCCGCCCCCGCACGCCGCCGCCGUGCCGCCCCCGCACCACCCCUUCAUGUACCGCACGCUGCCGCACAGCAGGUCGGUGGGGGCUGCGACGCCGUCGGCGCGCUUCUCUCGCGAGGCGGAGUUCCUGGCGCGCACCGCCUACGACCUGCACUACAGCCCGCCCGACGUGCGCUACACGCUGGAGGGGUACCCGGCGCCGGCACCCGCAUUGCCGCCCUUCCCAGGCCCCGCGCAGGACUCCGCAGGAUCGUACCAGGACGCUCCGUACCUGCCCUCGCCGCCGGCGCCUUACAAAGGCGAAACGACGCACUGCGUCGGCUCGCAGACAAACGGCGAGCUGCCCAACGGCGCGACUGUGUCUCCGACGGUGUCUCCUUCCGUCCCCGACGCGGCGGGAGUCGUGGCGCCGCCCCCGGUGGCUACUUCGUCGUCCACCGCCGUGGGCGACGCUUCCAACAACACCGGGGGCGGCGCCGGGGCCAAGCCGCCCCUGCAGAGGGCAGUGACCGCCGCCCACUGUCUCACAGAGUCCCCUGACGAGGGCUACGUGGGCGACGGCGCGGACGGGUCCGAUAUGUGACGCCAGCAGCCGAGGGCGGCGUCGGCGGCGGCAGCGGCGGCGAGGCGUCGCUCCAGCGUGCCCGUGGCCGGCGAAUUACGCUGGCGCUUCGACGACGCCGUCGACUUCUGCAAGGGGGACAACGUCGCCCUGUGAUCACUUACCGCAGAGACAUCCCCUCCGACGCAACAUAGCCCUGAUGACCGUCUCUGACACUGACAGGGGAGCAGCUGGAGGCGACAUAAAGUAAUCACACAGUGUCUCUCAAGCGUCUUUCUCCUCCCUAGUCGUUCAGUACGCCCGAAUGACUGCCAUGGCGUUAACUUUCAUUUGCCCUCGGUUAUGACCACAGAGUUUUCCUCUAUUGGAGUACAGAGGUCGUUCCACAUAAUUCAGUUAUGGAAAUUCACCAUCAACAGCCGCCAGAGUCGUGUCCUGAAGAUACAUCUCACUUGUCCCUUUAUGCACCGCCUUCGACUGGUCGAUUGUCGUUGCAUAGUCGUCUUAUAUCUAGGCAUGGGGUUACGUUUCCUCUCCCUUCGAAUACACUGCGUUAGUGAGAGUGAUAAGAAAUCUGAGGCGGUCGGUGGAAGAGACUGGCGACCAACAAGAGCGUAUUUUAUGAUAUUAUACGUUAAAUUCAGAGUGCAAUAUGGCAAAAGAGUUUGUGUAUUGUACAGUACUCUCUAGCCUUACAUUUGAGAUUACUUGCUACUGACUAAUGUGAUACAUUCGAAGCACAACAGAUAACUUGAACUUAACAUUUCUUACUAAAUUCAGGGCUAGUAAUUUCUUCCACUGACGCUUCCAAUGGGGUCUACGCUGUCAUAAUAUCAAACAUUCUUCAUAUCCUGAGAACCACGUCAUCGAGUUAUCUCACGAAUUAUCCGAUAUUCCACCUCAUUUCUUUUCUACUUACAUUUGUCAGCAGUAAUGCGCACAUGAAGAGCAUACUUUCUUCACCACUUAAAUAUUGUGGAUCAGAUAAUUUGAUACAGUUUAUUAUAUGUCCUGUUAUUCUCACAGUAUGCUGUUGUUCCACUCACAUUUAUGAAUAACUAAAAUGUGGCUUUUCAUGUACUUUUCUGUAAUGGAUAAAUCUAGAAAGAGACCCUAACACCUUUAUUUCUUUGCAAAAAUAAUGAGGCACCACCGGCUUCUAUUCGUUCCAUUGCUUUUGGCAUUGUUGCGCUACCCUUCACCUACCUGCGAACAUAAACCUCCUCAUAUCUAUAACUUCAGUAAUAGAUUUCAAUCUGAAACAGUUUUCAAUCAACAGGAAACAUUACGCUCCUCGGAGAGACAAUAGUAAGAAAAAUCUUAAAAAAAACUGAGAAGAAACUCUUUGAAACUUAUAGUGUUUUUGUUGACUGUAUUCAUGAGUUUCAUCUGUUACUCAGUAGUGGUAAAAUACGUAACAUUGUUCCAUCUCUGUGCUGACACGUAGUUGCUGAUUUCAGUAACAGACAAUAGGAAAGUGUGGAUGUGAACUGGAGAUUGCUCUUUUGUUCUGGCUGAAAUGGAGCUGUGAAAUAUGUAAGUAUUGCCAAAUAAUAUUAGCUUCAUUAUUUCCAUCGCUGGACAACUACCAUGUCAAGACAACUUUUCGGAUUCCUACAGUUGUCGGUAAAACCCUGAUUCAUCAUCGCUGACUGUUACCAAGAACCUCAUUAGUAUCUACAUGACAUAUCCGAAAUAUUGCUUAACUAUCAUUCUUUCGUUUGAGAGGGUCUUAAGUCCAGCAUUGAAGUUUUAUUUUCUAUUUGAACGAGAGGGCAAUAGCUGUAAAUAGCAUUCAUUCGCAACAACUCAUUCCAUAACAUUAUCUAUCUCACCACAUAUGCGGUGGAUUAAUGAUGUAGAGUCUCCACCAAUGCUGUCUCCUUUUGCUGUGUAAAAGGCGUGUUUGUCAGGAAUUGCUUAUAAGAAACUGGUUGCGCCGCGCCGCACUACCACAUUAAUUCUUUCGCGUUCGUUAUUUGGAUGGAACACUUACCAAUUAACAUUACGAAGAAGGUUAUUUUUCCUCGCCUAAUUUCAGGGAAAUUAUUACAUGUGGAAGGUUGUUAAGAACUUGCGUUUUCAUUAUAGUUAUAGCAUCAGUUUCCAUAGUUUUCAGUCGUUACUCCAGACAGCUACCAACUAAAUUAAUAGGCAACAUUAUAGUUUUGUUUUUGUUGUGCUGAAAUAAUUUUACUAUUACUAACCCGUUAAAGUGCAAAUGUAGCAUUCCACUCGCUUCAUAAGACGAACUAGCGCCCAGUUCUCUGUAGUGAGAUGUGUAAUGAAACGUCUGCGUUCUCUGUAUCUUCGUUAAAUACGGUCUAAUAUUAGGAGCUAACACUGGAUUCAUCUUUCCAUAACUUUGUUUGUUCAAUCACAUGACAACCCCGUCGACUUAUUUUGCUCUUACUUUCAUUCAUCACCAACAAAACUUUGCACAGUGUGUAACUGCUUUAAUAUAGUGUGGGGUACAAUUUUACGUAUGCAACAAGCAUCGAGAUUUUGGAGAUGGCGUUUUUAGUGAACGCGAUGUACAGGAAAAAGAUUUUAUCAGCAGUCGUCAACCAGAGACAGCUAUGGAGAAAUAAUGUCUGUUCUAUAACUGGAGAUUGUAUUAUUAGUCUUACUUGAGUUUUUGAAAAUUUAUUGCGAGUAACCAGUAUCAAGAUGACGGUGACUGAUUUUUUCUUCUCAAUGGCAAACAUUUAAGCUACUAUGCUUUCAACUCAUGUCAUACACUGACGCCAAAGAUAAAUUUCUUGCUAUGAAAAUAGUGUUGUGCGUAAGAUUGUGUCAUUCCCCUAUAUAGGACGAACUUUUCUGUCACUGUAGACUUUUCUAUUAAUCACAAACGUAAAAUACGAAGGAAAUCGUUACUCUCACCUGUGUGUAAAUGAGUGUCUAAUAUAGAAAUGGUACCUAGGUAUUAAUCACAUCUGUGAUAGCCUGUGUACGUAUUAACAUCUAAAUACUGAACUGUGUUUUUUACCCUGUAAAUAUUCUUUGACAUUAACACGAAUCUUUGGUAAGAUGCUUGUUCAGGCUAAAUGUACUAGAGUCUUUGAAGUGUUGAAUCUGACAUAUACGAUAACAGACUUGAUAUGAAUGUAAACAUAGGAAAAGUGUUAAAAUAAGCAAGGAUUCUGCACUGUGGGACAACGAUGAUCAACUUUGACUCUCUUCGGAACAGACCGUUUUGUUCUCGAAAUAAAUUUGCAAAAAAGGACGUAGCAGUGUCACACAGGGUACAAUUUUCUGACACUAACGAGGAAAGGGAAAUCUUUUUUUACAUAGUGGUAUGAAGUCAGGAUCCCAUACAUGACAGUCCUUAUUUUAUAAUGCAUGUAGCACAGUGCAAUAAAUGUACCUUUUGUACAAACUGUGUUUGCCAGUACAUUUAUAAUGAAAUGUAUUGAAUGUUUUGUAAGUGUAAAUAAAAUUUUGACUGUAAACAGAAUAUAUUUUCUACGAAAGAGAACGUACGAUUUGCAGACUGGUGAGAGAAGAGAAGUCGGGAUGCGGGUUUCGUUAAAGGUUUGCACUUGUAAAUGAGCGCCAUACCCAAAGUCACCCUAGUUUUAAAUGCCCUGCGUCCAUGUAUAUUUAAUAAUUGUAGCAGUGAAAGACUUCAAUAAAAUGUGUUUCCCUUG